CAACUUUUCAACAGAGGAGGAAAAAGAAAUUAAAUUGUACUUCAAAUGGAAAAGUUUUCAUCCAAGUUUUUCAUUUGCAUUUUAUUUGCAGCACUUCUUUUGCUAUAUUCCCCAGCUAGAUCCCAAGAAUUAUUUGAGGAUGAGGACGAGUAUAAUUAUGAUGAAAAUAGUAACAGAGGACCAUCUCAUUGGGGAAACAUAAAACCAGAAUGGAGAACAUGCAAAACUGGAAGAAUGCAAUCACCAAUUGAUUUGAAUAAGAAGAGGCUUCAACUGGCUAGACUAGGACCCCUUAAAUUGAACUACAACCCCUCCAAUGCUACCCUUAAGAAAAAUAUUUAUGAAAUUGAGUUGCUGUUUCUUGAUCCAACAAGCUCUCUAACAAUCAAUGGAACUCGUUAUAUACUUCAAAAUUUACAUUGGCACAUUCCAUCUGAGCACACCAUUAAUGGACGAAGACUGGAUCUAGAGGUGCACCUGGUGCAUGUGCAUCAAACUCCAACAACUAAUCUAACAGCAGUGAUUGGAAUAUUUUUCAAGAUUGGAUCAAGAACAGACCCACUAUUGGUAUUGCUAGAGGAAGAUUUGAAGGCACUUUCUGGGUUAAGUGUUGGAGCGAAUAGAUCAGUGGGUGUAUUUGAUCCAAGUGUGAUUAACAUAGAAAGAGACUUAUACUACAGAUACAUGGGUUCCUUGACUACUCCUCCUUGUACCGAGAAUGUUACUUGGACCAUCCUUAAACGGGUUAGAAUCGUUAAAAAGGAUCAAAUCAAGCUGCUUCAGAAUGCUGUUGCUGAUGAUUCGAAUGGCAAUGCGAGACCAAUACAACCAACAAACAAUCGCAAAGUGCAGCUCAAUAAAGAGUAUAAUUAAUUAAUUAGACUCCAAUAGAGGCACUCGCAAUUCAUCAUCAUUAUAUGCUUAUAUUAUAUAAGACUACAUGGAAAAAUAUAGGAAAAUAAAUGUCUCCAUUAACUAUAUACAAAAUAUGUACACUCCAAUAAAGAAUUGCGAAACUCUUCUUCAAAUUAUUAUUAUUAUUAUUAUUAUUA